AAUAUAGUGGACGAACCGGAUUCUACAUUUUACCGGAGCUCUUGUCCAACUUUGUGCACGUUUGGUACAUUUCCGAAGAACUUAAAUUAGUAAGGAGAACUUUCAAGUUAUUAAGAAAGCACUAGCGAAGCCGAAAGGCCCGUAUUCGCUGCACUAAAAGGCGGAUGACGUUGACAAGUGCUUGCUAGGAGUUUUCAUAUGGCAGAGAAAAAUGACUGGACCAAGUUAUCGAAAAAGGAGCUGCUUGAAAUACUACAAAGACAGGAAAAGUUGCUGACAAAUAAGAAGUUCUUGCAAAGCCUCCCAGACAAAGGCAAAAAGGUAUCAGAGACAGUGGAACGACUCAAGAAGCUAAUUGCACAAAGAGAAAAGAUUGAAGACACUAUUGCAGAGUUUGAGAGGUUGACAGUGUCACAGCUUGUCCAGAGAACUCAACUUGACGCCUUGGACAGUGAUGACAGUGAUAAUAAUGAUGAUGAUGACAAAAUGCACACACAUUCAUGCACAGGAGACCCAGCUUCAAAUGAGCAACACAGAGAAAAGACCAGCAAGGAGCACGGGAAAAUGUCAGAUGCAAACAAAUCAAGAAAUACACCAUUCAGCUCACAGUCUCCAGGCAGGACAUGGGAUUACGAGUCAUCAGCAACACCUCCAAGCUAUAAGUUAGAGGUAAUUAGUAGUGUUUAUACGCUGUCCUAUUUAGACACCUCCAUUUUGGUGUUAUAAACUGAAAACUAUGGCAGAAAAAGUCUUUCAAGAAAAAUGGGAGGCUUGGAUAAUUUUAGACCUAUAGAGACAGAUGAAACACAGAAAAACAAGAUGUCAUGACUAACCGUGAAGGAUUCAGAGAUAUAAUGUACAUGUAAUAAUAUAGUAAUUUAGAAAACAGCCCUAAGAAAAUACGUGUGCUGAUU